UUUAAGAAAAAACUCAAAACGUCAAGUUUGAAUUGAAACGAAACGCGGAUUAAAUUUUGUUUUUUUGUUAAACACAACUUAGGAAUUUGUUAAAUUAAACAUUAACUAUUUAGUUAAUAUAUAAAUUGUUAUUUUGUAAUUUCUAAUAAAUAAUAAUAAAAUGUUUUAAGUGUUUUUGUUGCUGAUAAAAUAUAAGAAUUUUUUAUUUGAAAUAUUGUUUACAUAAAUCAUGAAAUGUGCCAAUAAUCGUAAUUUACCUCUAACCUCUAAAGUAGCUAAAACCAAAAAUCGUGUUAAUACUAAUAGCAGCAGCAGUAAUAAUUCUUUAUUAACAAAUGCUGCCAAUAUGAAAAUCACCAAAGCUAUAGUAAAUUCUAAACAAAAUCGUAAAUUAACAAAUAAAGGAUUAACUUCAUUGACGACAACAACAGCAAGUCAGUCAUUAUUAAAUAAUCUACAACAAUACCAAACACAACAACAGCAGCAAACGAACUAUGAAAGAGAAAAUGAAAUACAAGACAAAGGAUCAAAAGAAUCCUUUUUUAAUACAAAACAGGAACAGUUAACAAACUGUUUAAAUAAUGUUGGGCUACAGAAAGAGAUAGAAUGUGAAAAAGAGGGAAGAUCAUCCCUGCAACAGCAGCAAACACCGUUAAACUCCAUAGCCACAACAACAACGGCAAAUACUACCCUCAUAAAUACAAUAAAUUCGGAUAUACAAAGAAAUACAACAACAAGAAGAAAUUCACCAACACCAGAACAACAACAACAAGGAAUAACAAUAACAGAAAGAGAGCAACAGGCAACAACAACAACAACUGCUACUACCAGCGUUGUACACAAUGAGUUUUUAGGUUCUGCAACGGCGACAACGGCAACGAUCACCACCACACCAACUACGAAUUUGAAUUUAUCGUCUUUGGCUGCUAAGGCACCACAAUUCAUAUCAGUUGUCAACGAAACAUCAAACCAAACAGUGUUACGUACAUCAGCGACGAACAUAAACGAAGUACAAAAUACACAAAAUUUGAAAAACGACGAACAGACACCAAAGAUAAACACAAUUAUAACCACAACAGCAGCGUCUCCAACAACGAUAACGAAUAAUAAUUUAGCAACAACAGUCGCUAACAUAAAUGACGAAGCUAAAGAUCAUUAUCAUAAUAAAAAAUUCUCAAAUACGAAUAUAAAUGAGCAAAAAUUAGAAAAUUCUCAUAAAAAUUAUACAAAUAAUAACAAUAAUAAUAAUAAUAAAAGUGACGUUUCAGAAAGUGUUAACAAUAAUAAUAAAAACAACAAUAAUGAUAAUAACAGUGUUGAAACGUUAGCCAAUCAGCAAAAAUUAAUUAAUAAUACUAAUAGUGAUAAUAAUACAAAUAAAACAGUGAUAAAUCGUGUUAUAACUACAACAACAACAGCAACAACAUCAGCAGCAACACCCACAAAUUCAUUAGAAAAUUUAAAUGAUAAUAACACAACAACAACAGCAACAAAUAAUGCAAAAAAUCUUCUAAAUAAUAACAACAACAACAACACAGCUCCACAAAAUUAUCGUGGCGCUAAUAAUUCAGUGAUAAUAACAAAUUACAAUAGCAACAACAAUAAUAAUAAUAACACUAAUUCUCAAAUCCCACAAAGUUCUCUUUAUACAACAAGUGAAUAUAUAGCCACCGAUAAUAUACUCAAUGCCUCUAGCAAUGAUCCAAAUUUAAAUUUGGCAGUUAUAGGUUCUACGGCACAUUUAACAUCACAACAACCCUCACCCUUAACUGGAGCCCAAUUGCAGGCGCAAUUACCACAACAUCACCCCUCUAAUACGGAACAUUGGUUAAAUUCUUAUAACUCCUGUGCCUAUGAUUUAUCUUUGAAUCAUACUCCCUCUAACGGAGAUAAUACGAAUAAAGAUUUAAUAAAUCUGCAGCUUUUUUCGCCGUUGGCUCAAUUACAUCAUACGGCGGCCCAUCAUAAUCCCCAUCAUUCAGCUAGUACAGCCUAUUUUACCAGCUCGGGUCAUUUAAUAAAUCCUGCCAAUAGCAGUAGCGUUACUCCUUCUACCACCAAUUAUUUACACGACGACAAUAUGCGAUCAAAUCUAGGACUCUACACCACCACCUAUAAUCCUCAUCACGAGCUUGUGCAUCAUCAUCAUCAUCCUUUAAUGGGUGUGCAAAAUGUUAGUGCCUCUGCUCAUACACCAACCAGCAUAGAUGAGGUUAUACAGGACACUUUAAAAGAUGAAUGCCUGGAAGAUCAUCAUACUGGUGUUAGCUAUUUAACACUUUCAAGCUCUGUUGAUGUUCAAUCCCUAAAGGAUUCCUAUCAUUCGGCCAAUUUAACCGAAUUAACACAUUUACCCUCUAUUGCUCCCGCCCAUUUGCAAAGCUCUUCACCGCAUCAUCAUUUACAGAGUAUACAUCAUUUACAUCAUAAUAAUUCGGCCAGUUCGGGUGCUGAAUCUCCUUCACCUUCAUCGGCUUUAUCGCAGUCGGGUGAUAUGGCUACUUUGCAAAGUUUUACCCAGUUAACGAAUGCCAGUGCUGCGGGUCAUCGUGAUAUCUAUACUAUGUUGACGGGACCCGAUCAAUCGCAGCUGUUCAAUUUCACCUCACCACCUUCACCGGGACUAUCGAAUAGUUCAGUGUAUGCGGCACCUUUGCUAGCGUCAGCAGCCAAUGGCAUGCAGUAUGGUAUGCAGUCAACAGCCUCAGCUUCAACACCUCCGCCAACAGCCUCACAACAUCAUAGCUCUGGUUCAGGUGUAGCCACUACAUCGAGUCAAAGUAAUCAUACUACCGCUGGGGCUUUAACAACUAACUCCAAUAACAAUAAUCUCAAUGAAACAAAUUCUCAUUCGGAUGACUAUGGUUCACCCAAAAGUACACAAAGUAAUGGUGCUGGUGGUGGUGGUGGUACUUUGCCAGCAUUCCAGCGUAUAGCCACUACUUCCUAUAAUCAAAAUACACAUGCUUCAGCAGUCGAUCGUUAUGGCUCCUUGACUAAUUAUAGAACUCAUAACGAUACUUGGUCUAGUCCUUAUGAGGCCAUUAGUUAUGCUCCCUCUUCGGUGGUGGGUAAUCAAGCUUUGAAUAAUGUCCUAACUGCCGCCAAUACAAAUGUUAUACGUUCCGCUGUUAAUGGUCGUACGGUCAGCUCAUCAGCUGAGGUAACAAGUCCUGCUGCUGCUGCUACUAAUUUAGUAGCAGCCCAUUUGUCGGCCUCUGCCUCAUUGUCAGCCACAUUUUUUGAUGCCGAUUUUUUUACGGAGGGGCGAGAAUGUGUCAAUUGUGGUGCAAUUUCAACUCCACUAUGGCGACGUGAUAAUACCGGACAUUAUUUAUGCAAUGCGUGCGGUCUUUAUCAUAAAAUGAACGGAAUGAAUCGUCCCUUAAUUAAACCACCCAGAAGAUUGAGUGCCUCUAGAAGGGCUGGUUUGACUUGCUCCAAUUGUUUGACUACCCAAACUUCUUUAUGGCGUCGUAAUCCCAAUGGUGAACCGGUGUGUAAUGCCUGUGGUCUCUAUUACAAGCUGCAUAGUGUUAAACGUCCCUUAACCAUGAAAAAGGAUACAAUACAGACUCGCAAACGUAAACCCAAAGGCUGUAAAGCCGAAAAAUUAUCGAAAAAGCAAGCUGCCGCAAAUGCAGCUCUUGCUGCGGCGUCUGAACAAUCUAUAAAUGCCUCAAAUAAUACUCUCAAUACUAGCACAGAAAGUGCCAACUUGAGCCUGCUCAAUGGCGAUCAUGAUAUUAAACCUUUAACACAACAAUUAUUAAAUGCAUCAACAUCAUCACUAACACAAUCGGCGGCUACAUCACCCACCAAUAGUAUAUCAUCGCCUUGUCAUAAUAACAAUAACAAUAAUCACAGCAUGAAUAUGUCACCAACAUCACCGUUAAUGCAACAACAACAACAGCAACAGCAGCAAUCACAACAGCUUAAUAAUAUGGGUAAUAUGUCACCACAGCAAUAUCAGCAACAACAUGCACAACAGCAGCAGCAGCAACAAAUGUCACCCAUAAUGUUUCAACAUCAUCAACAUCAAGCCUCAUCUGCCUCUUCAUCUCCCUCUAAUCAUUUAAAUUCUAAUAAUAAUAACAAUAACAAUACAACAACAUUUAAUCAUAAUGAUAAUGAAAAUUUGAAAUUUAUGCAAAAAUAUAUACAACAGCAACAGCAAGCGGAACAACAACAAUUAAUGAAUACAACCACACCACAGCAACAUACAACGAAUACGCUAAUGAAUCCUCAUUCACCCAGCAGCAGCAACAACAACACCACAUCACCAACAGCAGCAGCUGCCAACAAAUGUGCAACUCCCAACAACAACAACAAUUCACAGACACAACAACAACAGCAGCAACAACAAUAUCUACAGCAACAAUUACACCAACAUCAUCAUCAUCAACAGCAGCAACAACUAUUAACAGCCAACAAUCCUCAUGGUCACCCAACCAAUCUACAUAUGGGAUCUAAUCAUCAUAGUCCUAUAAAUUCCUAUCAUCCCGAACCACCAACCAACUCACCACCCACCUCUCCUGUCUAUGAAACUUAUGGUGAAUUAUUACCUUCCUCGAAUGAUCCCAAUAACAGCAUUAAAAUCGAACAAUUACAUCAACAUUUGGCUGAAGAGCAACAACACCAGCAGCACCAACAACAACAACAGCAAAUCUUACACAGCCAUUUAAAUAAUAUGAGUCGUAGUCCCUCCAUGGAUGAUGAUUAUGAAUAUCAUCAAUUUUUACUACAACGUCAGCAACAUUUACACGAUUUGCAACAGCAACAGUUUUUGCAAUUCGUUCCACAACAUUUGCAUGAUUUUAGUCGUAAGUUCGAUAGGGAGACUGUAGUGAAAAUGGAAUAAUUUUAAAGAUGUUAUUUAAUCCGUUUCCAGUUGUUAGACUGGAGCUCGAAGGACCAUAUACAUUUUCAUUUCAGUCGUUACAAAACUUUGGUUUUUAUAACUUUUAAAAUUUCUAUUUUAAAAGAAAUGUUUAAACCCUUUUCUAGCUGAGGGAACUUAUAAGUAACACUUCGUAUAAAUAUUUUUACUAUAGAAAGUUCUUGGAGCAACUGAAAUGAUAUCUUAGUUCCGAAAGACUCGGUGCUAUAAAAUUUGCUUUCCACAAAAGGCUAUUUAUUGAAAAAAAAAAACUCUCAAAAAAUUCGAAUUAUAAUUCAAAAAACUCAAUUUUAAAGGUUAUGAGUUUCGAAGGAAUUCUAAAUUUUAACCAACUUUAUCUGGUUAUUGCCCAGGCAUGGAAAAUUAAGAUUUUA